UGAUGACUGACUUGCAGUGACAACGUAAAACGGGGUAAAGUGAUUCGUUAAACCAUCAGCACAUGGUGUCAUGGAGAUGAACAGGACUGAGGUGAUGAGACGCAUCAGCUGUGGCGUCGCUGUUGUUUCUCAGCAUCAGCACCACACCCUCAGAGUGCAGCAGCAGCGGCGGCGGCAUGAUGCGGCUCAUGAUGCGUCUCACCCCGCUAGUUUGGGCUCUCACGGCAGUCUGCCAUGGCAUCCUCCCCGAGAUAGUCAACUCAGGCUUCCCUCACAUCCUCGAGGAUAAUUCCGUCCCGGGACAAACGGAGCUGGACCGCAUCGCACAAGUGGAGCAACUGCCCGAGGAUCCGCUGCAGAAGCUCGAGGAUGCGUUACACCAAAGGUACAACGCCAGUGGCAGUCUUAGCCCUCAUCCCAAUGACCUUCCUCCGAGUCAUCACAAUGACAGCGCUUCUGAUAAAGUUAUUGAUAGUGAAUAUGACCCUUCCUCAGUAGAGCCGGAGACCAACAACACUACCACAUCUGUCCACUCUGGUGACUUUGGGAACAAUGUUGAUCUUAAAUGCCUCGGUGAUGGGGACUGUGUGGAGGGAGGUUAUUGCCACAAUAACACGCGCAAGUGUGUCCCUUGUAAAGCGAUCGACAUGUCCUGCACUAAGGAUAAUGAGUGCUGUGGUGAACAGCUGUGUGUGUGGGGUCAGUGCAGCCUAAAUGCAACAAAAGGAGCGGCUGGCAGCACUUGUCAACACCAGACUGAUUGCAGCACGGACCUCUGCUGUCUUUUCCAUAAAGCCCUGUUAUUCCCCGUCUGCUCGGCCAAGCCCAUCGAGCGUGAGCGCUGCUUUGGGGCCUCCAACCACCUGUUGGAGCUGUUGUCCUGGGACAUCCAGGACGAGGGACCCAGCAAACAUUGCCCCUGCGCAGGAGAUCUGCACUGCCAGCACCUCGGUCGAGGGUCCAUGUGCCUUAAAGGAGAGGACUCGAGUGAAGAGGACCAGAUGGACAGUCUAUACUCAGAGAUAGACUAUAUCAUCUAGACGCAGCCGGAUUGCAUAUACACUGACCCCACUUCUAUAGCACUUUGUUUGCCAGCGUAUUUCAAAGAGGUAAAGCUACACUGCAUGGAAAAAUAAUGAGAAUAGAUUUAUUAUAUUCGCUAUAUUGAAACCUGGCAGUCCUGUUAUCAUAGUAAAUAAUGCUAUACUACAUGCUGCAGCUCUAACCCUUUAUCUGAUGGUUAUCCAAGCCGCACAAUCCACCAUAACACACUGAAUAUCUGUUGACUACGCACUGUUCAAAUGGUGUCUCGUUGAUCAUCAUCUGUAAACAACUAUGUAGCAGUACUCCAUCAUCCUAAUAAAGUGAAGUCAAAAGAGAA